UCGAGUAGAGAGAGAGCGAGAGAGAGAGAGAGAGAGCGCGAGCGGAGGAUCAUGGCAGCAGCAGCGGGCAGGGGAGGGUACGCUUUCUCUCGAAGAAAGCAACGAGUCGCGGCUCGUUGCUCAGCCGCGGCUGCAGGACAGCAGAGGGAGGCCGUGAUCCCACGAGCGCAGAGGGCAGCGUAGUUUUAAGUGUGUGUCGUAGCAGUGGAUUUGUGCCAUCGGACUGGACUCGCAGCAGCAGCAGCAGGAGGAGGACGACGACGAGUACUGCCCGAGGCGAGGGUGAGAGAGGGAUGCCGAACAGGAGCUUGAUCCAGUCAGGGCAGAGGAGGGGCAGCUACGGAUUAUAUGUUUGACUGUCUGUGAAGCUCUGUGAGAAUAGUGGGUAGGAGGAGGAGGAGGAGGAGGAGGAGGACGGGUGGGAAGAGCAGAGCGUCUGAGGGUUAGGACUUGUUUGGAGAUUUUACCAGCUGUUGAAGGAGGGGGGGCGUGGGGGAGAGGGCGGAGAAGGAAAAAUUAUGGACGUAGGAGUAGGUUUCCUGUCGGAGAAUUCGAGGUAGGCGGAGGAGCUGGCGGAAGUCGAUCGGGGGGAAUUGGUCGGCGUAUUGCGGAUGAGAGGAACGGAAGAUGUGGUCUGGUUUAGAGCGGGACUUUGAGGCAGGCCGUAGUUUGCCGUCGCUGGCUCCGGCGUGACGGAGCUUUGUAGGGCGUGAUCUGAUCCUGCCCCCUUCCGUCGGGCCUGUUUCGAGGUUUGUUGCCGAUUGAUUACGAGUGAUUUUCGGUGGACUUGUGAUUUUUAGUCCUUACCUCUGGUGGGUGUUGAUGGUGAUGGACGCCAUUCUUAUCAUGGUGUUCCUGUAUCACAUUCACGAGAGGUGAGAUUAGGUCUUAGAGAGUCAGUGCAGCUCGCACAAUUUCGUGGAGAGGCUUUGCGUGGAGAGUGCAUGUUAGAUUAAUUGUGUCGGAGGUCUCCCCUUGUCCGAGUCACUGUUUCUCUCGAGGAUUAGGUGAAUGCCACACGGUAUCUAUCUAUCUAUCCACACUACACACCACACCACACCACACCCCUGUCCUCUGCUACUUCAGCCAUGAUUCCGACAGCAGUUGCAGCUUCUAGUUUCGCACGAGUUCCUAGUCCAGCCAUGUCGUAGUAGGACACAGACCUCCCACGUAAGCCACUCGCACUUUGUCACAUACAUCUGUUAUGGGCAGAACCACCACCACCACCACUUUCACACUCCUUUUCGAGCGAGAACACGGUGGCUCCAGGAUCGAGCACGAGUAAGGCGACUGAAAAUUGGUCACUACAUUUUCGGACUAGUAUUUGUGAAAAAGAGAAAAGGAAAAGAGAAAAAAGGAAAGAGACGAAAGAAGACGAUCGGAUCGUAAAUUCUGGAUUUAUUCGCGUCAUUACGAAGCCUGUCCGCAUUGGGCUAUGGGUGUUUGUGGAUGGAGUCCUUAGGACUACAGAUUGUCAACCUGGCCCGUGUUCGAGAGAGAAGCCAGUGAUUAACCGGGUACUUCGUAGAGGCUGAGUGUGGAAGAGUUGUCUCAGCUACCAACAUUCUGUCUCAUAUGAGCUAGAACAGGGAAAGAGCCAUGGCAUUCACUGCUACGCCGGCGGAAUUGGGUAGGCAGUUUGGUGAAACGCGUCUGUCAAAGGUGGCUGUAUCCCCUUUGUUUGAGAGAAGACAUGCGAGAACCGCAAUUGACGACAAGCCGUUCUUUCCGCCAAGUGCAAGUCAUUUAACCGGAGACAUAGCGGGAGAGAUGGAUCUGAGUGAAAAAAUGGAAGCUUUGGAAUUGGCGCAGCCACAAGCGAACUCUUCCCUUGUUAUUCCCCGGCAACGCCAGGUGAAGGAGCUUGUUCAAGUGAUAGAGGCUGCAGAGUCUGCUAUCCGUAACCAAAUGGAGGAGAAUGAGCACCUGAGAUCUGCUCUCCGGGUUACCGAGUGGGAACUACAAAAUAGUAAAAUGGAACAACUUGGACCACCACGGGCACUUGAGGAUCGUUCGCACGAUUCUUACCAGUCUAGGCAAAGUGCGCAAAGACCGGGUUCUCUUCCCCAAGGCGAUAGACAUGGCCAUGGCCCAACCGGUGGAAGGACCGUCCACAGUAGAGACGGGCAUGCGGUUGGAGGGAUGCAUGACGAUCAGCAGGGCUCCAUAAUAGUUCAUCCUACAGCAGGUACGCCGAUGAGCUUUCCAAAUGGUGGGACGCACGGUCCCCCUUCCAACGGGACAAAUGGUCAUCAAGUUAGCAGCAGCAAUGGGGUCAACGGUUCAUCCAAAGGCCAUCAUCGCGGGCAUCCCCAUUUGCCACCACUGGUGGAGACCAACAGCACUGUCUCGUCGCCAUCCUCUCGAUCCAUGUCCCCCAACCAGCGAAGACGAGAGUCUGAGUUAGACGCAAGAAAUCAACAGGGAGCUCAGGGAAUGCCUCAGCAUGCGGCAGACAUGAAUGCUAAUCACAAUACCUACCACCACAACCAACAAGAGAUGACGUUGAGAAACGCCAGAUCUCUAGAGGAGGAAAACAUGAUACUGCACAAGCGUCUCACUGAAGCUGCUAUCAAGGACGCUCAGAUGCUCAGUGAAAAGCGGAUAUUGGAGCGGCGAGUGGCGGAAUUGCGCCUGGCUUAUGACCAGCAACAACAAGGACUCGUUGAUGCAGCUUCAAAGGCACUUUCUUACCGUCAAGAUGUUCUGGAAGAGAAUAUUCGCCUUACUUAUGCUCUUCAAGCUGCAGAUAAUGAGCGAUCUGUGUAUGUAUCGUUGUUACUGCCUUUGCUAGCGGAGUUUGAUCUACAACCAACUACACAUGAUGCACAUUCAAUGGUCAGCGCGAUAAAGAUUUUGGUGCAACAUCUACGUUCCGAACUGAGCCUUUCCGAGAUGCAGGGCAAGAACAAAGAGCCACUGUUUCGGCAGCAAUGGCGGGCAGAUCCUUCGUACCACGCGGCUGGGCAGUAUCCCCAGCAGUCGCCACCCCGCGGAGCUCAGAAACUGCAUGGUCUGGAGAUUGUUCCUCAACAAGCUUACGUACACCAACAGAUGCCCUCAUCACCACCAUCACCACUGCAUCAUGCGAAUAAUUGGGAUUCUGGAACUUCCUCGCAGUUCCCAGGCAUGCCUAAUGAUCAUGGUCAAGCCGCCGGACAAGAGCCGCUUGUAACACCUGGAUCGCCCCAAGGAACAAAUCUGCAACACUUUUCAAGGAAUAACGAUUCGUCAGAUGGAGAUGAAGGUUUGAGCAAUGGUUCUGCACUAAAUCUAGAGAAAAAGGAGGCUGAUGGAUCGGAUCCGGCUCCACGCUCGCCUCGCUCCCCGCAUAUGCCUACGGUGGCAGAAGAACCUAGCUCGGAUGAUGGCGACCCUCUACCAGCAAUACAGGGUUUGCAAAUCGUUGGGCAUGCUGUGCUCGGCGGUAGACUCACCGCUUGCGGGCAUUCGAUAAACGGCACAGCUUUGUGUAUGUUUCAGUGGGUACGGCAUUAUCAGAAUGGGAAUACAACGUAUAUUGAAGGUGCAGCACAGCCUGAGUAUACUAUAACAGCGGACGACUGUGAAACCAUGAUAGCCGUCGAGUGUGUGCCUAUGGACGAACGGAAUAGACGGGGCGACUUGGUGACUGUCUUCGCAAAUGAUUCUAGAUGGAUCAAUUGUGAUGCUAACAUGCAAGACCAGAUUGAUAAUUACAGUACUGCUGGGCAUGCAACUUUUGAAGUCCAGUUACUGGUUGACGGUGGACAGCCGGAGGAGAACAUUUCCUUGACAUUGAAACGCUCUAAUUAUGAACUCAGACGUAACAAUGCCAACCGAAGAGUGAUCGUUAGUGACAAGUAUUCGCCAGAUGUUGCGAUAAAAAUUCCCGUAGGACAAGUGAUACAGUGUGUAAUCACAAGUCAUGAAGGAAGGUCUUAUUAUUUGGAAUUUCGAGACAGUCGGACACGAGAUGUCGGAGUUUUAACCUUCAGACAUUUUCAAAAGACUGCCUUGGAUGGCAAAAGAGGCAGAAGAAGGGGUGGUUUACCAUGGUUUUCUUGAGCACCUAUGCUAAAAGAGCUGAAGUUGAGCGAGGAGUUGCCCAAGAGUUUUCGCGUUGGGAGUUGGAUUACUUGAAACUUUUACAAAUCAAGUUGCAUAAACCUUCCACCAGGUGUUUGGCUCAUGAGCUUCUGCCCACUGUAUGUGUUUGCCAGUUACUGGCUCAGUUUGUCCACCCUAUUUAAAUUGGGUAUAGAAUUAGAAGCACCUCAUCUUUUUAUCCACCUUAUUUGUUAUCAAAUCUGUAAUGAUUUCUUCAGGGUCUUGAAAAUAUUGGUUCCGUAGAUAAUGUGCUCCACUUGUCAAAGCUGUGAUAAAGCUAGUCAGGCAUGGUCUGGUAAGUUGGUGUCAAGUUCACUUGACUGAAAUAAAGAGGCACCACGUGCUUUAAUCCAACUAAAAUCAGUGGUGAGUUUAUUGCCUGUUAGUACCAUUCCUGCAUUGACUAGAGUUCGAGUGUUUGCAUACAACCACCACUAUCCAGUGGUGGAUCGAGUGUUUUGAAAGGUGAAUAGUUUCCAAAGAUUUCAGUAGUAAUUUGCAAUUGUUUCCCAUACAUGUGGCUUUACUUCGACGUGUUGGACGUCGACGUAAAGCCACGUCAACGUGCCACGUGUUCUAUUUUUCCUUGUCUUGUAACAGUUCUGUAUGAACUUGUUGUCAAUAUGGUAUGUAGUUUCAGUAUCAGCCUAGAUUUUAAUCUGCUCUCUUGUGAUUUCUUAUCACGAGUUCUAUUUUCCUCUUCUUGUCACUGUUCAAAGUCACUGUUCAAUAUGAACUUGUUGUCAGAAUUUUAUGUCAUCGUAGUGUCAUUCUCUAUUCAAAUCCACUCUAAAAUUAUCAACACGGAUUUAUUUGCUUUUGCACGACCUGGGAGUAUCAGUGUAUCUGACUCUGGUACCCUGAUCGAAGCACGAGGGCUAACUCUCUAAAAGUUCCGUGCUGUGGAGUCUCAAAGGGCUGAUGUCUGCAUCUCUGUAGGCGAGUUUGAAUGUGAUGAAAUUUUAGACUUGAUCGAUUCCGAUCUUUUCCUAUUUCAGCUUCUUAUCAGGUCAGGUUGAGAUUAUGUUGAUCUGCGAAGCUGCUACCCCGCGCUUUCCUUGGGAGAAACAUGUAAUUGGUCGCAAGCUUAACAUUGUUGAAUUAGGCAUUUGUGAGAACAAUCUUAAAUCUGCUGAAGGAUCAUGGGCGCUUCCAUUUGUGGGCUGUGCACACUAUUGUAAGUUUCUCAUCUAUGUGCAAACAUCUCAUGGAUCAAUUUUGCAUCCAUAUGGCUAGAUUCACUUUUAUUAUUUUUCACCAACAGUGCAAGUUCAUCCCGUGGUGGAAGGUCUUUAUUGAAGGUUCCGGUCUUGAUCCGUAGAGUAGAAUGUUGACUUAAGUACAUGAGGUCAAGAGAUCGCCAGAAGUUGAUGUUUAUGGCCUACCUCCUGUGGAAGAGUUCCAUCACAGAAGGAUCAUUUCGCGUGAGCGUCAGAGUCAAUAAUACUCACGCGUUGUCAGGAUGUUGAGAGAACUUUACAUAGCAGACUCCGUAGGAAAACUGGAACCUGGUAGGAAUGUCAGAUGCAUUGGCCUCACGAAGAUUCAGUGGUUUGGCAUUGCACUUAAUGCUUAGCUGUACAUGCUGAGAGUUCGAGGGACUUCAUAUAUAAACGAGGAAGUAAGUCGAGAACCCUAAAUAGAGGAAGUCUUCUCUUUGUUGCCCCGUCCGUCAUAUCUUUACGGAGCCGAACUUUUCUUUCCUGAGUUUCACGCGUAGUCCCAUAUCAGUUUCAAUCUGAUCCUCGUCUAAGAUCCACGUUCCUAAACUUCCGGCCUCGCUUUCCUUGUUUCCUGUUGCGCUCACCUUGGCGAACAUGGAGCCGUGUCCGACAGUAAGUUUUUGUUAGAUGGUCUCGUGGCGAACUCAGGAUUAAGCUGGCGAUAUGCCCCAGGCAAGAUUUGAAGAACUACUCAAUCUGAUCCGUUUGUACAGAGUGGACUAUCCCCAAAGUAUUAAGCUGCCUAUUUGAGUUAACGAGUUGGACGAUGCACAUCGUAAGGUACUCGGUGGCAUGUAUGCUGCAUGUUGAUGAACGACUGGUCGAAAUGAUUCUACUAGGUACGAUGUUAUCCACGAGAUAGUAGGGUUGAUCUACGAUUUUAGUUACUACCGUGUAGCCCUUUGUCAUAGGAAUGAAACAACGCAAGCAGAGCAUACAUGC